GCGGAACUGUGGAAAAGUGCCAAACUCUCAAACUCAAGCAGUACACGAACGGAAGUCGCCGAGAGAGAGGCCAGAAGGAAGUUGCGGAGAGAGAGACGCCGUCGACCGCCUGCACGCUCAACUGCUGCUGCCCGCCAGACGCCACCUCGCCGGAAAUUCUCCAGCCUCCAGGUGCCAGAGUCCAGGUACGGAGAGUGAAGAAGUCUUAACUUCUAGGCCUUACGACACACCUGACAAUCCUUUUGGGGUCUGAAGCAUUAUAAAUAAUGGAAGGGCAUGAAUGUUUAAGUGGGCAUGGACCUGAUUCGGCGGAUUGUGGCAACUUUCGUGAUCGAAAAUUGUUGGUAAGAAGUGCUAUUCUCAAGGCUUGUGGAUCCGUUGUAUCUGUUGUGACUUAUGAUUUGCCAGAUGACAUGCUUAAGCGCCGAGGGAGUAGAUUAAUGGUGCCUGGCUAUUCCUCCAAAGAACCUAUAUUUUGGGGUUCAGGAAUAGUUAUGGAAUGUGAACCUAAUGCUAAUGGUACUCAUUACCUGACUGUACUAACUACAGCAAUGAUUUUUAAGCGUACAAAUAAUCUUCAACCUGAUGAUGUUGUGGUUGACGUGGGUUUGCCUGAUGGAGAGGAAUUGGAAGCAAGGGUUAUAUGUUAUGACUUCCACUACAACCUUGUAGCUUUGAAGGUUGAAUCGAAUCGCGCCAUGCCUAUUGCCAACAUGAAGUUAGUGGAUGAUGUCCUUCAAUUGGAUCCUGAAGAGCUUCUUCCACAUUCUUUUCAACUCCGACCACAUUCCGACCGAGUGAAGUUAGUUCCGGGAGAGCUUGUGAUUGGUCUGGGGCGUCAUUAUCGUGGUGAUCUAACAAAUGCUGUUGGAUUUUACAGCCCAGAGCCUACAGGAGAGGAGUGCAUGGAAUUGUACGGUGCAUAUUUUUGCAAUCAUAUGCUAGAGGAUGGUGGGCCACUUAUAAACCGUAUGGGACAAGUGAUUGGAAUCAAAUUUCACACAAGGGGACACCCUUACACUACCUUCUUGCCGACAAAUAUUAUUUUGAAGUGGUGGAGUCAUUAUAAGAAGUUUGGGGAUGUUCGGCGUCCUUGGCUAGGAAUCAAUGUCUUCAACCUCCAUGAAGCCAUGCUAAAUUUACUGCUGAAAUUUCCAAAUAUAACCACUGGAGUGAUUGUGAAAGAGGUUUCGGAAGAUUCUCCUGCACACUUGGCUGGCCUACAGUGUAAUGAUGUCAUAGUACAAUGCGAUGGAAGUCCAGUGAGGAGCAUUCUGGAGUUUUUCGAGAGAACCUGGGAUAAGGUUGGGGAGUCUGUGGAGUUGGGAAUUGUGAGGGCUGGCAUGUCUCACCCACUCAAGCGAGUUGUGCAGGUGCAGGAGGCCUCCCCCGACAAAUACUAUAGUUGGCUUCUCCCUGAGUGGUUUACGAAAGAACCGAGGGUAUACGAAGAUGAAGAUGAAGAUGAAGGUGAAGGUGAAGAAGAAGGUGAAGAUGGGGAGGAGAAGGGUGACAUGGAGGAGUAGUAAUUUAAGGGUUGCUUAACUCUUCAAUGGCCACAACAUCAUGAAGCAGUGGGUAUGCAGUACUACUUUAGACACCUAACCUCAUGCUUAACUUAACGAGGAGUAAUUGGACAUAAGCAGAUAGGCAUGUGCAAUAUUGACUUGUGUAUUACUCUAAAUAUUACACCCUACUCAAAUCAAAUUGGAGUAUUUAU